AUGAUCACUUAUGUUAGCGACACACAACACAUUGAUCGCUUGAUAGAUACCCUCCGUCAAGCGGCGGAUGGCUUCAAACACGACAAAAGUGAAAAAGAUAGGGUCAUAGCUCUCAAGGCCGCCCAGGAUCUAGUCGGAGCACUACAAAAGCCCCGAGACGCAGUUAUUCAACUCAGCUACUCUCCCACUCAAAUCCUCUGCGUGAGGAUUGGCAUUGACCUAGAUGUCUUCACAACCCUCACGAAUAGGAAUGUACCUUUGGCAAUAGAAGAGCUUGCUGCUGUCAAGAACGCAGAUUUGAUGUUGACAGAACGAGUGUUGCGUGUGCUUGCUGGAAUUGGAUACGUCGUUGAGCACGAUAUCAGAAUAUACGCCGCAAACACGAUGACUCGACAAAUGAGUACCCGCGAAAGUGAUGCGACGGUCAAGUUCUUAUUCGAUGUCGGCAUGCCUAGCUUGGCCAAAACUCCAGAAUACUUCCGCCAAGCGAGUUUUCAAAGCCCCGCAGAAACAAAUAACGGCCCUUUCCAAUACGGCGAGAAAACAGAAAAGUCCCUCUGGGAAUGGUUUGCGCAGUGCCCUGAAUCCGGGAAAGAUUUCGAUACAUACAUGGAAGGCAACCGUGGAGACAACCUUAAUUGGGUUGACUGGUUUCCGGUCCAGGAGCGCCUGAUUGAUGGAUAUGAAGCCAGUGAGGGGGAUGUGCUGCUUGUGGAUGUGGCAGGCGGAAGAGGACAUGAGCUGGCCGCUUUCCAAGCGAAGUUUCCAAAUGCACUUGGUCGCUUGAUUCUCGAGGAUCAGCCAGGCGUGUUACCGGGAAAUGAUUCCGGUAGAAAGAUCGAGAGCCUGUCAUUUGAUCUCUUCAAGCCACAGCCCAUUCAAGACGCUCGAAUCUAUUACAUGAAGUUCAUUCUGCACGACUGGGCAGAUGCACAAUGCCACGAAAUUUUACAGCACUUGCGUGCUGCCAUGAAGAAAGGCUACUCAAAACUCAUCAUCGAGGAGUUUAUUUUACCUGACAAGGGCGCUCCACUGGCACAGACCAUGUUGGAUUGGCAGAUGAUGGUCUUUUGCAGCAGCAUGGAGCGUACUCGGGAUCACUGGGAGAAGCUCUUGACAUCGGCCGGGUUUCAAAUGGUGAAGUUCUGGUUUCCACCACGCCAGGGACAAGGAAUCAUUGAGGCCGAAGUAGCAUAG